AUGAAAGACGGUGGAAAAGCAGAUGGAAAAAAGAGCAUCAAAGCGGAGGAUAGAAGGGGUGGUGGAGUAGAAGUCGAGGUGGGAGGAGGAAGAGGCGGUGGUGGACAGGUUGACUGUGAUGGAAGGCCUGUAGUCAGGACACAGAGAGGAUGGCAAGGCAUAAGGUCAGGGGAGAAAGAGAGGGAGAAGAGGAGAGGAGGAGCAAAGGAGAAGAGAACGCGGAAGAAGAAGAGUGCAAAGAGAAGGCUGUUACCCGUUUUAUCGCCGUAUCAUACAAGCAUUUUCCCAACUCCAGUCCCAGUUUUUUUUUUUAUCGUCAUCCCAGUCAAAUGUCAAGGUAAAGGAUUCGAGGUCGAGGUCGAGGUCGGUGCAGAGAGAUAA